AAUCAGGAUAGCCUUGAUCUUUUAAUAAUAUUUAAUAAAUUACCAAAAGGCCAAAGGCCCCCAAGAUGGGAAAACUGGCUUACCCUCUCGCCUUGAAGCUGACUCUGGGAAAUUCCUCAACUGGAAAAUGUUGCGUUCGAAGGGCAAGAGUUGGGUGAUGAUGGAAACACCCAACUCCGGCUCAGUUACAUGGAUUGUUGAACGCUUUAAGAGAGAGACACCACCGCGUGGCAAUUUGCAGACUUUGCCACAUUGCAACACACAACGUGUGUGGUAAGAGUCAUUAAAAUCAUUCAAAAACAAACAAAAGUAGUAGAAUUUUAAAUAAAACAACUUGAAAGCAAUCAAUAACAAAUAUAAACUUUAAAUUUUCAUAUUAAAUUGAAUGAAAUUUCAAGUAAAACUUGAUUUCGAAGCUAAAGUUAAAGCCGAGGAAGCAAUCCCGGAUUGCGCAACCAAGAGAAAGAGACUGAAGAUGAAGAUGAAACUGCAACUGGCGACGAGGAGGAAGCUGGUCAUAUCAUUUACAGCGGAACCAGGGAUAUCGAAUGACAGCAUUGGGCUUCAUAUAUAUGGCCAAGGUGUUGGAGCCAAUGGCAGCACUUGCCGGCGAGCAUCCAUCUGGAGCAACAUGUUGUUUGGCCUUAUGCAAUUGCCACAUUAUGUCCUCAUCCUGGUCAGCUUUAGUGCAUCGAUGAUGGCCCUGCCACAGCCACAGCAGCAGCCAGGGAUUAGCUAUCACAACUCCUGGUUAUAUUCAAUGCCCUGGCGACCCUUGAUCCUGCCCACGGUGGCCAGGUUACCCAGCUUGCCGGGGGCAUCACAAUUGAGUCCGGGAUAUACAGGUCCACAGACCUUUCCACAGCUCCAACAGGAUCAGCAGCAGCAGCAGCAGCAACAGCAGCAACAACAGCAACAACAGAAUCCCUACCAGCAACAACAGCAGCAACAUCAGCUGCAGCAACAGAAUCUCUUCCAGCAACAGCAGCAAUAUCUUCCUCAGCAAUACCAACAACCCCUCCUGUUGGGAUUGUUCACCCCACAACUUCAGGUGAAUCCUUUGGCAGCUCCUCCUCCGCAGACUGGACACUUUACCCUGCCCUUUCGACCCUCACCCUUUGCUGGCUAUACGGAUGAUGAGGAGGAGAAUCAAGUGGUGCCACCAAAUCGAGGGAAUCAACAACAGCAGCAGCAACUCCAGCUUUCAAAUGCCUCAAUUAUGGGCGUCUCGCACAAGUCGCAAAUCGGUGAAAAUUAUAACAAGUGUAUGGUGACCUUGUCCAGAGAUUGCACAACCCGAGACUGUCUGGAGAUUAUUACAUCAACUUGCAAAGAGUUUUACUUUUACGAUGGCACACUUCUCAGCAGAUGA